GACAUAAUACACUAUAAAUAAUACAAUGUCAUAUGAUUUGUUUUAAUCUGUUUACAAUCAAUUUUUUUAUAAUUUCUAUCUUUCAUGAGGCAAUAAAGAGGUAUGUCAUCCACUUUUGCAGCGUGUCUGAACGUUGCACUUCCUUCUAUACGACACUCAACGCUACUGGACUCGGAAAAUCGACACAAGGAAGCAUUUUGUCAAUAUCUAAGCAAUGUCAUCUAUAUUUGUGGCGUGAUUAAGGAUGAAGCAUGGCAAAGAGAGUUAAUAGACUGUCAUACUCCUGUGACUUUGAAACUAUUUAAGUUAUCUAGUCAGUGCUUGGAGAGAGCACAAGAUCUCCUAAUCACUUCUAAAGCAUCAGGAAACAAUGAUGAAGAAGACAUUGAAGAGCAGUCAGAGAACUCUAUGAUGAAGAAAAGUGAAGAGCAGAAUUCGCAAUCAUCGCAGGCAAGCUCCAACCUUUCCACCAUCGUUCCACCAAUGGCUACACCAUUUAGCACUAUUGUGCAUUCUCCGAAGAGAAAUAGACCGGCGUAUGUCGACGAGGCACGACGUGAUAACUCGCAUUUACUGUCGGCGUACCGAGCAAGAAUGGAACGACGGGAAAAACAGCUCACGAAGCGGACUGACGUCACCAGAAGGGUGCACGAUGUCACAUCUAUGAAUCUUAGUAUCUUCAGAAAAAUGGCUGAAAAUAUUGAAAUCGCCAAGGCGAGGGAAAAAUCUCGUAAGAAAAAGAUUGAAGAAAGACAACAGAGGUUACUGGAGGAAGCUGACAGACGAAUGGGCCCAUCAUCCCUUCUCACGACCCACGACCAAAUUAGAAAAGAAAUUUAUGUCAAAGUGCUGGAAUUUGAACAGGAAUCGGUAUGGCUCGUUGGCCUUAGACACCAGUUGAAGUCAAGACCAGACGAUUCGACGUUGAUUCAAAGCAUCAUCAGUAAAGUUUUGGCAACAAGAGAUCAUCCUUUGACGAAAUGCCUGUUGUCCUACCAACACGAUGUAAACACGCAACUAAAUUCAGUUCCGGAAGACGCCUUAAACACACUCGCAGGCAUUUCGGCUAUAGAAAGUCGAGAACUUCCAGAUCGCCAGGAGGAAACGUCUGCGCUUUCAAAUUCCGAGUCGGUGGAAAACGUCGGUUUCAAGACAAGCACUGGCAGCGAAAUCAAUAUGGAGCCCGGUAAAAACAAAAGUGAGCCGGGAGAAAGAGAACUGAAAUAUAAGAAGUUAUUGGACGAUGUCGUUAAGAAUGUUCAAUCUUCGUUGGAAAUCAUUCAUUCGUUGUUUUUGCUGACGUACGAAGAAUUUUCGAGUGGUACAGCACAAGAUCUUUGCUACGCAAUGGUCGAGCUGACUUUUUUCAAACCCUUGUGGCCGUCAUUACUUAAUCUUUACAGGAUCGUGAAUUAUAGAAGAGAAGUUAAGCUAGCAAAGAUAUUUAAGGAGAACGUUUCGUGUACACCACAGUCCCUUCAGGUACCUGCAAGACUGUGUUUACAACCACAGAAUGCAGAGACUGACAUCCUGCCUUAUCAGAAUGUUGUGGACGAAUUGAAUUCCCUGGUAAAAUAUGAAAGUCCGCUGGAAAAAUUAGAAUGCAUUGUUCGGACAAGCCAUCAUAUCGUUGAAUGCGUCGUCGACUAUUACGAACUACAAGGAAAAUCACGGAAUUCUCCAGAAGCAGCAAUCGGCUGUGAUGAUCUGCUGCCGAUCCUGAGUUAUGUGAUCAUGAAAAGUCGACUUUGCCAACUUAUAUCUGAAUGCAAUGCAAUGGAGGAUUUCAUCAGCGCUGACUACCUGAUGGGGGAGGAAGGUUAUUCCUUGACGACAUUUCAAACGGCGUUGGCAUUCCUAGAAACGCUGGACGUUCAGGAAAAAACCGACGAAUCGGAAAACGUGCAAAAUUCUGAUCAAAAUCCACCUGACAAUGAAACAAAGGAGCGUUUAUGAAACGAACAAAAAGCUAAUUAUCACUUACGUACUUAUUAAGCUGUAUAUCAUUAACACAUUAUUUAACACAUAUAAUAACACAUUAUUUAACACGUAUAUUAACACAUACAUUUUACACCAAUAGAAAACACAGUAUUCAACUGAAAGUGGAAUAAACGAAACUGUACAUCGUCUG